AAAAAAAAAAAAAAGCACAGGAGGAAAAAAAAAUACUUGAAAUCAUUGGUUUUGAUCUCACCAAAUCAUAUCUUCUCUUUUCUCCACCUAAAAUAUGAAUUCAAAAAAUCAAAACAAACAAACAGAGAAGAAGAAGAAACACCUCUGAAUCCCUAAAUCUCUCCAUUUCCACUCAACCAUGGCUACCUUAUCUCUCAUAUCUCACACAUCCUCUCUGAAAAUCUCCUCUAAUUCCAUCUACAACAAUGGAAUCAGUAGACUUAUCCUACACACUCCAUCAACCCUUAAACUACACCAAUCCCAUUCAUCAAUGUCAAUCAAAGCUUUUUCAUCACCAUCUCCAACUCCAAUCCUAACCCAAGAUGACUUAAAAAAACUAGCAGCUGAUAAAGCUGUUGAAUAUGUAAGUAGUGGUAUGGUUUUAGGUCUUGGUACUGGAUCUACAGCUGCUUUUGUUGUAGCCAAAAUUGGUGAAUUACUGAAAUCCGGUGAGCUUAAAGACAUAGUUGGUAUACCUACAUCAACAAGAACCUAUGAACAGGCGAAAUCUCUAGGUAUUCCGUUAUCAGUUCUUGAUGAUCAUCCAGUUCUUGAUCUGUCAAUUGAUGGUGCUGAUGAAGUUGAUCCAGAUUUGAAUCUAGUUAAAGGGCGAGGCGGGGCAUUAUUGAGAGAGAAAAUGGUUGAAGCAGCUUCAAAGAAAUUUGUUGUUGUGGUUGAUGAUACUAAAUUAGUUGAUGGUCUUGGUGGCAGUGGAUUAGCAAUGCCUGUUGAAGUUGUACAAUUUUGUUGGAAGUAUAAUUUGAUUAGGUUACAGGAAUUGUUUAAAGAAGAAGGUUGUGAAGCAAAAUUGAGAAUUGAUGCUGAUGGUAAACCUUAUGUGACUGAUAAUUCUAAUUAUAUUGUUGAUUUGUAUUUUGAGACACCAAUUAGAGAUGGAUUGGCAGCUGGUAAAGAGAUUUCGUCGUUCCAAGGUGUCGUUGAACAUGGAUUGUUUCUUGAUAUGGCCACUGCUGUUAUUGUUGCUGGUAAAGAAGGUGUUAGUGUUAAAAGCAAGUGAGAAUUGUAAUAGAGAGAAUGAUGGAAAAAGGGAGAUAUUCAUUUGGAAUGGAGUACUGUUAAUUUGGAGUGGUGUUCUUAGUAGAAUUUUAUGGACUCAAUAACAGGAAGCAGUUGAAAGGUAUGUAAAUUUGCCCUUUCUCAGAGUUUUCUUCCCUGAGGUAGAUUCGUAAUUUGCCAGUAGAGUGUGCUUUCUGUCAGACCUGAAUAUGUAACCUUUCCUGCCAUGAUCACUGAUGGUAUUCUCUCUUGAAUACCCAUUACUAGAAGAAAUUUAUAGGUUGGGGCAGCAACAGUAGAACUGCCCAAAGACCAACCCUUGCCGUGUCGUCGGGCCUCAUUUCUGCUCAUGUCUUUAACCCCUUCACAAUACCACAUAAUAUCCUGAUUAAGAAGUCUAUGCAGCUGGUACAUAUGCUUCAACAUGGAGUCCUACUCCUUAACAUUACACAUAUAGAUAGUUACAACAUUGAACUUCAAAGAUUUUCGAUGUAAGAGCGCCUAAUGCUCGAGUUCAUGAUACUUGGGAGCUCUAAUUAGUCCGGAGAAGCCUCUUCACUCCCCUGUUGGUGCCAGUUGACUGUGACUAUCCUGCGUUUCAAUUUCUCUAUGCAGUCCAUCACAACCUUUAUAGCAGCAACCUUAUCUCCACUGACUUCUAGUCCCCUGGCUGUUUUUAGACAACUUGCUCCCCAGAAAUUACCUGAAAUGUCAUGAAAUCUGAAGAUAUUGUUAGUUGAAGCAAAUACUGACUUAUUAAUGUGUGUAUAAUAUUUUGAAUUGCUUCAUUUUGUUUUGUGUAAUCUGAAUAAAUUAUUAGUUCUCUUCUUUUUGUGAAGAGAAAGAGUUAAUUUUUGGAAUAGUUUUAAGAGGUUUAUUAAU